UGCAAAAUGCAUCUCAAAGAGAACACGGUAAACGGCGACGGAAGGGACGGAAGGGAAGGGACGGGAGGGAGCGGUUAUCAUCUUGGACACUUCUUCAUGGACUACAUGACCAAGUUUCCUGAAGAUUGUGUGUGGCAGAUCGAUGCAGCAACAGGCGAAUCCGAGACGAAGUCGUCAGUCAAGUCCCGUUCCAUACGGCUCGCAAUAAGUCUCCGGAACGCGGGGCUGCGGGCGGGCGACGUGGCCGUGGUCUCCGGCCGAAACCACCUGGACGUUCACAUUCCUUUUUAUGCUGCUUAUAUGAAUGGGCUGCCCUUGGCUGGGAUCGAUCCCAUUUAUAAAUAUGAUGAAAUUAAAUAUCAUUUCGAGACGACCAAACCGAAAAUAGUGUUCUGUGAGGUGGAAAACUUCGGCGAUAUGAAGAGAGCCGUGACAGACCUCGGGCUGGAUACGAAAUUAGUGACAUUCGGGGACGGGGAACAUUCGUUGGCAAAGUUCUUAAAAAUGUACGAUGAUCACACGCCGGAACACGCAUUCAAAGUGGCUACCUUCGAUACAAACAAGGUGUUUGCGUGGCUCGUGAGCACGAGCGGCACCACGGGGCUGCCCAAGGUCGCAGCCUUCCAGCACCCCACCAUUAUCAAGAUACUUCAACUAUAUGUGCUACUCAAAGAAUCAGAAGUCCAACUAGCUCUGAACUUGUCGAGCGUGCAGUGGAUCUCCUCGUACCUGGCGUCGCUGGCCAUGAUCACCGCCAACCACGUGAAGGUGCAAUCCUCGGCGCCCCACACCAUCGAGCACGCCAUUGACAUCAUUAACAAAUAUCGGCCGGCCAUAAGCACCGGCAGCCCCCUGUUAUUCACAGGCAUCGCCCGUCACCCGAAGCCCUGUGACAUGACCUGCUUCAACACCAUUGUCGUCACUGGCUCCUCUAUCAACACAGACAUUUUGCAACUGCUCAGAUCGAAAAUGCGACCCAAAGCCGAGAUAUGGAAUCUGUUUGCACAAACUGAGUGUGUGGGACCAAUUUUCCUGCCUUGCCCAAACGGUCCCGCUGGAAAUGUGGGAAAAGAAAUUGACCUAGUACAAGUUCAGUUGGUGGAUACAAAGACUGGCGAAGUCAUUACGGAGCCAAACAAGGUCGGGGAGCUUUGGUCUAAGGGCCCUAGGUUCGCUGAGUACUACAAUAACCCAGAAGCGACCGCUCGGGCGAUCACAGCCGAUGGCUGGUACAAGACCGGAGACCUGCUGUACAGAGACAAAGACGGCUACUACUUCUUCGUGGAUCGCAUGUCUAAUGCCUUCAAAGUUAGACGUUACUUUGUGAUGCCCAUGGAGGUGGAAUCAGUGAUAAAAACGCACCCUGACGUGGUGGAGGCGUGCGUGGUCGGCGUGCCGCACGCCGAGGACGGCAAGCGCGCCGUCGGCGUCGUGCAGCGCCGCGUCGGCGCCGCCGUCACCGAGCAAAGCAUCAUGGACCUCGUUGCCACUAAUCUCUCAGUCAACAAACAUCUACACGGUGGAGUCAUUUUCGUGGACAGCUUCCCUAGAACAGUCUCCGGUAAAAUAAUCCGACCAAAAGUUCGCGACAUGGUCAUACGAGUUCACAGUGAAUUUAUCAGUGAUGUUCCCACGUACCCAGAAUCGCCAAGUGAAAAACUAAAUGAAAGUAUUAAAAUUAUCGACUAA